UUCCCAUUGGGUCCGCUCCAGAUAAACUGGGAAAUAUCCAAAGACCCGAGCAGCAAAAAUAAGGUAAAACUGCCACUGUUUAAAAGAAAACACCAUCUACAACCCAAUCUGCCGUAGCCUGCUUCUUCUCUCGCUGUUGCUAAUGGCCGCAGCUCGGUGAAGAACUGCGUCACCGAAAUAAGAUAUUAUUACUGUUGCUAGCAGACUGCGACUUCAUGAAUAACCUCAACGAGCCAGUGUGGAAUAUUUUCCCCAAUCGCCGGGGCGGUGAAGGUGAUGGAAGCAGAUGGAAUUAUGCUUUGCUGGUGCCUAUGUUGGGGCUGGCAGCCUUCCGCUGGAUCUGGUCCAGAGAAUCACAGAAGGAGAUUGAGCAAGUAAGAGCAACAUGUAAGAACACGAUAGACACAAUAGAAAAAGAUCUCAAAUUGAAAUAUGAGGACACAAUUGUUCAAAAUCGACGCUUGCUUGCACAUUGUGAGUUAGAGCAGGAAAAGCUCAAAAGUAAAGUCCAAAGUUACCGUGAAGCCCUUUCGGCACAGAGCCGGCAGCUGGUUGAAGAACGUAGACAGCUGGAACAAGAACGUUUAAAUAUAGAACAGAAGAAACAUUCCCUGCAAUAUUCUGGAGUGGCAGGAGCUUUGUAUCAAGAUAUGGUGGAGAGGGAAGAAGUGUGGCAAAACCAAGCUAGAACAUUAAUAAAAGAAUUCGAAAAAUCCCUGGUCAACAGGCAAAGCCUGUUCUGUAGCUACUUCAUACCACGACAAGAAAGACUGGAAUUAGAAAAGAAGAUGCUUAGCCAAGCUCUUACAAACCCAAUUGCUAGAGAGUUGGGCAUCGAAGCUGGCUUGAACAGCAUCUUUAAACAUGAAACACACUGUGCAAAUGUGCAAAACAUGGACAAAAGAAAAAAUGGCAGGUUAAUGUGGGUGUAUCUUGCGUACUGGGAGCUUCAAGCAGAGCUGCAGAAAUUCAAGAAAGUAGAAGCAGCCUUAUUGGAGAAACAAGCCAACUAAAAUGUUGGUAAUUUUUUUUAAAGAGGUGCCAUUGUACUAGAAAUUGCUGGAAAACAGUGGUGAAUUAGCACCAUUAUUAGUUCACAAAAUACUCUGCAAUUUGAAGUGAAGGGAUUUAUCAUGAGUUCCAGUUCUCCACAAAUUGCGGACGAUUUAUCAUUAGCCAUGCAAAAGAUGAAAAAAUUGCAAACUCAAUGGAGGAGCCCCUCCAUUGAAAUUAAUAAUGUCAUGAAAUUUCUCAAUUUGUGGUGUAAAUGCAAAUUAAACUUGCUGCUGCCAUUUAGAGCUGACAAUUCAUGCUGUAAGGACUCUGUUAAUGAUCUGAUUUCUGGUCCUAACUGUAAAACUCAAUCAUGCAGGCCCUGAAUGGGAACAAUUCACACUAUGGCCCCUCACUCCAGCAGGUAAUGUGUUGUUCCUAAAGGGUUUUUAAACUUCUUUGAUCAGGCUUGAUGUUCAGAGAUGCAAAUUAGUUCAAUGUCUGUUGCAAAAUAAUUUUGAUGUGAGUAAUUUGAGAUAUGAUGUGGUACAUUACACACUCUUGUGAGAAAAAAAAAGACAUUGCAUCAUUCUCAAAGCUCUUCACCACUGGAGUUUUUUGCAUGUUAUGUCUGGAUCUGCCUGUAGCCUAACUGAUAGAGAUUGAUUGCUGUCAUGAGACAAUUCCAUAUUAUUGUGCCAUGUGACUACCAAAAUAGUAGAAGGUAAACAUUUCAUGUUCCUGAUUAUGAUUCAUGGGGCUGCUCGUUCUAUAAUUCAGAGGUCAAAAAUGUUUAUACUUUUUGCACACCUACUGUACCCUUAUUAACUUCUCAAGGAGCAAUACAGAAAUUCCUAAACACAAUUGAAUUGCAAUGUCCUCCCAUUAUUCAAUUUCUUCACUUUUCCUUUGCCUUUAUCUCUUUCUCCCUCUCUCAAUCCACUGUAUUUCUCUUUCUGUACCUAAUUUGACUUGAAUUCAUCCUAUUUCCUUCUGUCGUCUGUUCUAUCCUUUUCCUUCUUUGGUUAAGAAGAUAGCUGUUUGACCCGACAUUCAAAUGGUGUAAGAUUUGACUUUGAUAUCCCUACGCCUUUACCAAUUUACAUUUCCAGCAACUUCUAGUGUAAAUGUAGUGUCAUCUAUAGGGUGAAAAAUAAUGUCAAAUUCAUGGCACUCACCUCGUGAUGUGCCAUUCUAGCAAUUUCUGGGCCAAUAUGUCCUGUUAUAGACCCAGCUGUAUACAGUUGCACCAUCCACUACUAAAGGAAACAUUCAGUCCAUAUAAGUAAAAUUCACUGGACCUUCAAUUAACUGCCAUAAGAACUUAAAUAGGAACAUGAGUAGGCCAUUCGGCCUCUCGGGCCUACUCGUCAUUCAGUAAGAUCAUGGCUCUUCUGAUUGUAUCCUCAGCUCCACUUUCUUACCUGCUUCCCAUGACCCUUGACUCCUUUGCAGAUCAAAAAUCUGUCCAACUCAGCCUUGAAUAUAUUUAGUAAUCCAGCCUCCACAUAAUGAAGGCACCUCUGUGGACAAUGGAAAUUGAUAGAUAAUCUAACGACUGUGAGUUUUCCAAUCUAAAAUUGAAAGCUUUUUUUUGGUGGCCCCACCAAAAAUCUUGGGGGAAUAAUUGAGUGCUGAUAAUUGACAUGUUAUCAGUAAUAUUUACUUUAUCCUGAGUUCUUUGGACUGUCUCUUCCACAACAAUGUGGGUUAAUUGCUCAAAUACGGUCAUAAGGAGAACAGCACAUACUAAUCAACAAUAUUAUUUCUUUAUUGCAAUCCUUUGUGACCAAUAAAUCUCUCAUCAGUCAAUUUAAAAAAACACUGCCAGUAUAUUAAAAGCUUUCAUAGUUGAUCUGUUGCUCAGUUUACUCCUUGUUUCUCACUGCUUCACAUCAAAGACCAAGGGAAGGGUGAAGUAUGCACACAGAGUAAACAUCUCCAAAUGAGGCAUAGUUCAGGGAUUCAGUAGGUGGUUCUUGUGUCACUUCUUAAAAAUAUCACACUUUCUACUGCAUACCGGACUGGUCUGCUAAUCUAAAUAAAGUAAUUGAAAAUCAUUGUGAAGGGAUAUGUGCAGAUUUGUGGGAUUUUGGAUCAUGGUACAAGGGGAUUGAAAUCAACUGAUUUUGGAUUGUGUGUAAGGGGCUGAAAUUUUGUGACUGAAAUAUGGGUAAAGGAUUGAAACCAUCUGGUUUUGAAUUAUGUAUAAAAAUCUUAAUCAGCUGGAUUUGUUGCAUUUUUUUAAAGUAUUUUACAUGAGAAUAUGCUGCGCUUGUUCAAGUAUUUUAUUUUUGUAUAUAUUUUUGGAGAAGUGUAGUCUUUUUUAACCUCCGUGAAAUUUAAAUGCAAGUGAGCAAUAAUUUAUACUCGGAACUGACGAAAGUACAUCCUGUAAAAUAAAAGUCACUAUGCUCUC